GAGCGGCCCCGGCGGCGGCGGCGGCGGCGGCGGCGGGAGCGGCCCGGCCCCGCCAUGUGGUUCAUGUACGUGCUCAGCUGGCUGUCCCUGCUCGUGCAGGUGGCCUUUGUCACCUUGGCCAUCGCGGCCGGGCUCUAUUACCUGGCCGAGCUGAUCGAGGAGUACACGGUGGCCACCAGGAGGAUCAUCAAAUCCAUGAUCUGGUUCUCCUCGGCCGUGCUGCUGGGGCUGUUGCUGUUCGAGCGCUUCCCGGCCUCGCUGGUGCUCACGGGGCUCUUCAGUAACCUCGUGUACCUGGGGCUGCUGCAGAGCUUCCCCUGCAUCGUGCUCACCUCCUCCAACUUCCUCCUCUCCUGCGUUUUGGUCGUGGUCAAUCACUACCUGGCCUUUCAAUAUUUCGCUGAGGAAUUUUAUCUUUUCUCCGAGGUCCUGGCUUAUUUCACCUUCUGCCUGUGGCUGAUUCCCUUCGCCUUCUUCGUGUCGCUGUCGGCCGGGGAGAACGUCCUGCCCUCCACGGUGCAGCCCGGAGACGACGUCGUCUCCAAUUAUUUCACCAAGGGGAAAAGAGGGAAACGCUCCGGGAUUCUCCUGAUUUUCUCCUUCAUCAAGGAAGCCAUCCUGCCCAGCAGGCAGAAAAUUUACUGAAAUCCGGGAAUUUUCGGGAAUUUUCGGGAAUAUCCAGAAGAUCCCGCAGCCGGAAUAUCCCAAAUUUCCGCCCCUUUUUUUUUGGGAAUUCUUUGGGAAUUCAGAGACUUGGACACUCCCGGAGGUGCCGACCGCGCUUGGGGUUUUUUUCCUUGCUGAUGCCUUGGGAAUGUUUUCAUGGAAAAUCUUGGGAAUUUUGGGGAUUUCCCCAGUUCCCUGAGGGUUUUUGGGUUUUUUUGGAGCUGCUUCUGGAUUUUCCUGAGGGUUCCACAGAGCCAUGAAUUUUUAAAAAAAUGGGAAAAAUCGGGAUAAAUCCCGAGGAUUCCACGCUGUCCCUUCAUUCCGGUUUUCCAGAAGGAAUGAUCCCAAAAUAAAAAAAAAAAAAAUCAGGAUUUGGGGUGGUUUAAAUCCUGGAAAUUCCCGUUUUUCCCCUCCAGCAAAACCUUGGGAAGGAGUUGAUGGGAAUCUCGGUUUUUCCAGGGAAUUCCCAGAAUUUUUCUGAUCCUGCGAGCGAGGGGGGAAUGUUGAGAAUUCCCAGAUUUUUUUUCCUUCUCCCUUUUCCAAAGGAUGAAAAAUCCUCAGAGGGAGCUGCACAUUUCUUCUUUCCCAUCCGAAAAUUCCCGUUUUUUUUUUUUUUCCGGAUUUUUCCAUUCCCGCCUCAGCCAGACUUGGGAAUUCCCAAUCCAGAACAUUUUUUUGAGGAAUUCCCCAAACAAAUUCUUUUGGAAAAGCUGGAAUUUUUCUCCAAGACCUCUUGGAUUGGGAUUUUUUGAUUUUUUUUUUGGGAUUUUUUUUUCCCCUCUGGAUUUGCUGGAAAAUUCCAGGAUGGGAAUGAGGAAAAUCAGGAAUUCCUGAUUUCCUUUGAAUCCCGGUUUUCCUGGGAAUUUUUUCCCCCAGCUGUUUUUCCAUCUUUUUUUCCAACCUGGAUUUCAAGAGCCGAAUCAGAUUUUAGGGAAAUUGUGGAAAUCCAUAAAUAUUGAACCAGGAAAAGGAAAUUUGGGAUGAAACCCCCGGAAAUUUGGGAAAAACUUUCCCAGAAAUUGAUGAAUAAAGUGGAGAAAUCCUG